AUGGCUCCGAUUCAUUUGAAAACUAAAUCUCAGGCACAGAUCAACACUACCUCCAGUGAAUUGGACGUUCCUGCCAUCGUCCGCUCAGUGAUCAGCGAUGUCCGUUCGAAAGGUGACACCGCUGUCCGAGGGUAUUCAGACAAGUUCGACAAAUGGACGCCUCAGGCAUUUAAGCUCUCUAACCAAGAUAUCAAAUCCAUCAUUGCAGGAGUACCACAACAGACGAUCGAUGAUAUAAAAACAGUGCAACAUAGUGUGCGUACUUUUGCAGCUGCACAGCGCGAGUCUUUACAAGACUUCGAGAUGGAGAUCCGACCUGGUGUGCACCUAGGUCAAAAGAACAUUCCCAUCGCAUCCGUGGGAGCAUAUAUUCCUGGCGGCCGUUAUCCGCUUCUGGCGUCUGCGCACAUGACCAUUGUGACUGCAAAGGCUGCCGGUGUUGAACGCGUGAUUGCUUGUACUCCACCCAUUCGUGGCGAAAUCCCUGCAGCGACUGUUGCUGCGGCGCAUCUUGCUGGUGCUGACGAAAUCCAUAUCCUCGGUGGCACUCAGGCUAUUGCGGCCAUGGCUCUAGGGACAGAAACAAUUGGAAAGGUGGACUUUAUCGCAGGUCCUGGCAAUUCAUUCGUCGCCGAAGCUAAGCGCCAACUCUUUGGCGAAAUUGGGAUCGAUUUACCCGCAGGACCGACUGAAGUUCUGAUCGUCGCUGAUGAGAACGCAGAUCCUACUACAGUAGCAACAGAUUUAUUGAGUCAAGCCGAACACGGCCCAGAUACUCCUGCAGUUUUGGUGACGAAUUCGAAGAAACUCGGCGAAGAGACAAUAAAAGAAGUCAACAGACAACUGGCGAUUCUUCCAACGAGAGACUUAGCCGGUGUGAGCUGGAACACGUAUGGAGAGGUUAUUGUUACUGAUACUUUGGACGAAGCAUACGCUGUUGCGGACACGUACGCGAGCGAGCAUGUGCAAAUACUUACAGAGGCUCCAAGGAAAGCAUUAACCGCGAUGAAGAACUAUGGUGCGCUGUUCCUAGGAGAGAAGACGUGCGUAAGCUAUGGCGAUAAGUGUAUCGGAACCAACCAUGUCCUUCCAACCAAGGGUGCUGCACGGUUCACGGGCGGCCUCUGGGUGGGUAAGUAUCUCAAGACUGUAACCUAUCAAGAGGUCACGUCGGAGAAAGAAAGUGGAGAUUUAGGUAAGCUAUGCGGGCGAGCUGCGAGAGCAGAACUCUUUGAAGGUCACGCAAGAUCUGGUGAUGUGAGGGCAAAUAAGUAUCUCGGAGAAAAGUUUGAGUGGCUUUCGUAG